AUGCUGGGUAGGAAAGCACCUGGUGACUCAGUUAAGCGGGCAGAGGUCACCCGGGAAGAGAACACACCCAGAGUGGACCAGCCGAGCAGGGCUGAGCAAAACCGAAGGGAAGCGGACAGGGCAGUAGGACUAAGAAGGUCAGACCCAAAGAGAGGGCCAAGGCCUGGGAGGUUUGACCAAUAUACCCCAUUAACCCAUUCUAGGUCUCAUAUAUUCAGCGUGAAUAAAGCUGAUCACAAGUGGCAGAGACCCCCGAGGAUGGUUAACAGGAAUCGUGAUACCCAGCAAGUGGACAAAAUAGAAGACUUAGUCAGGAGAGGGUACUUGAAUCAGUUUAAGAAGCGCGAUGACCCUCCCAAAAGGAGGAAUGAGGAUAGAGCAGACCGCCCUGACCGCAGAGGUCAUAGGGGCCCAGCCGGAGAUAAAGACAUAGAUGGCAAGUUAGAAGGCAGGGUGUAUGUGAUCAGCGGGGGUCCAGUACAUGGGGUAACAGUUAAUAGAGCACGGGCUGACCUGCGGGCGAUGAUACAUCAAAUAAAUGACAAUGAUAAGCGUAGAUGGCCACCUCUUCCCUCGCAGCCGCAGGCCACGUUUGACGAGUAUGACCAGAAGGGCAUAAUUUACCCUCAUGAUGACCCGCUGGUGGUGACAAUGAGAAUCGCAAACUGGGAGGUGGAUAGAAUAUUGAUAGACAGAGGCAGCUCAGCUAACAUCAUAUACAUCAGUGCGUUCAACGAGCUGAAGUUGGACAGAAAAGACCAGAAGAGGGUGAGCUACGAAGUCACCAGGUUUAAUGGGUCAGGGCUUACGCCAGAAGGUAUAAUCGAACUCUUAGUCCGAGUAGGGGAAAGAUCAAGAAGGCGUGAUGUCCGGGCAGAGUUCCUCGUAAUAAACUCCCCUUCACCCUACAAUGUGAUCAUGGGAAGACCGCUCAUCCACAAGAUAGGCGGGGUGGUAUCCACCUAUCACCUUGCCAUGGCCUACACAACUAAUGAGGGAUGGUCAGCAAAGCUCAGGGGAAGUCAGAAGACAACCCAGCAAUGUUACAUAACUGCCCUAAAGCAGCCCGUAAAAACCAGACAGCAACCUGGUUCUUAG